CCCUGCUCAAGGAUGGUUCUUCCUGGGGCUGUCCAAACAGCCAGCCAACCCAAUGCCUGGGAGGCGCCGCCUACUGCAAAUGACUGGUACUACACCUGCAGUUGCUACUACUGCGUCUGCAACUGAAAGCAGCUUUGACAUCCAGAUCAUCAAUGUGACAGUCAAGGCAGGAGGGCAGCUGGAGAUCUUGUUUGUCGUUGUAAACCUGAACAGCAGCGACCCAAUAGUGGAUCCAGAUCAAGCAAUCAACACGUUCAGCCAAGUUACCUCCGAGGAAUUCAGCAACAUCACCGCGAGUGUGGCAUCUUCCUUAAACAUCACAGGAAUGCCAACAGUUGGCAGACUCCCUGUGACAACCACCCCUGCGGCAAAUGUCACAACUUCUCCCAAUGUUACAACUGAAACCACAGGUUUUUCAAACGACACAACAGCCCAUCCAACAGCAUUUGUUACAAGCAUUACAACAGUACUUAACAAUACCACCAUGCCCGGGAGCAAUGCCACAACCACAGAAAGUACAACAGUGGCUGCCACAUUAGUGGGAAACGUAACUACAGUGACGGAUAACGUGACUGCUAUUACAAGCACACCAGGACUUUUAAAUACAACACCUGUGGCAAAUGUGACUGGCACCACAUCAAGCUUGGACAACGUUACAUCAGCUGAAACCAUCAAUGUUACAGACGCUGCAACAACUGUACUUGUGAAUGUUACAGAUGUUACUGCAACUGCCACUGCAGCUGUGACAGCUCCAACAAUGCUACCCACUACCACAGAUGCAGUCAAUGUGACAACAACCCCUGCUGCAGAGAAUACAACUGCAGUAAAUGUUACGGAUGUUACUAUGGCAGAAAAUGCCACUGCAGCAGUCGGCACCACCACAGAAGUCAAUUUCACAGCUGCUGUCAAUGUAACUGGCCAAACAACACCGGUUGAAAACAUCACGUCUCUUGCGACCACUGUCAUUACAGCACUUGUCACAGAGAAUGCUACAAUUGGAGUGAACGUUACAGGUGUGACAAUGCCAGUCAAUGCCACAACCACAUCUCCUACCACACCCGCAGGAGACAACGUAACUACCAACGUCAAUGUCACAGACAUAACGCCAACAGCAGACCAUGUAACAUUGGUUGCAACCACUGUUAUUACAGAGAAUGCAACAAUGGUCAUGAACGUUACAGUGCCAGAAAAUGCAACUUCAGAUGCACCUACCGCCACAGUUGGAGUUAACACAACAGCAGUCACUGGCAUGACAACAAUAGCAGACAAUGCUACCUCUAUAGAAACCACUGUUGUUACUAUGCUGGUAACAGAAAAUGCAACAGCUCCUGUGAACGUAACAGAUGUUACAACUGUUGUAAGCACAGUGACAGCAGCAGUGGAUAAUGCUACAUCAGCACCUGCCACGGUUGCAACCCUACCUACUACAGACAAUGCAACAUCAGUGAUGAAUGUUACAGGUGUUGCAACAGUGCCAGACAAUGCAACUGCUGCCCCAAAUGUGACAGGAAGCACCACAGAAGCGGAAAAUGUCACCACAGCAAGUACACCACUUUUCACAAUGGCAGAAAACACUACAGCCAUCACUGGUUUCAACACAACCAUGCCAGUGAAUGUCACCGUGCCAACAGGAACUGUAGCAGCAGAAAAUAUAACAUCCACCACAGGUAUUUCUGCUACAGCUACAACAGAGAAUGUCACUGCAGCUGCAGAAGCUAAUACCACAGCUGUGAUGCCACCAGCUACAGCAGCAGAAAACACCACAGCAACUACAAUAGCUGUUACUGAUGUGCCACCCACUGCAACUUCAGCAGCCAAUGUCACAACAGCCAAUGUAACAGCAGCAGAAAACACCACAGUCACUACAACAGCUGUUACAGGUGUGCCACCCACUACAGCUGCAGCAGAAAACAUCACUGCAGCUGUAACUGUUACCACUACAGCUUCGAGCAAUACAACUGUCAUUACUGUGCCAGCAGUGACGUCAGUUGUUGAAAAUACCACUGCUACAAUGGUCAACACCACCACAGUCACUGCACCAGGUGUGACAGCAGUGACCAACAAUGUCACUGCCAUUACAGGUGUGACACCUGAAACAACUGUUUCUGGUAAUCAAACAGCAGCAGCCAACACAACAGCUGCUGCAACAACACCCAUGUCUCCAGUAAGUUCCACUGGUGCAUCUACAGCUGCAACUCCAGCUGGAAAUGCUACAACUGCUGACAGCACAACCACAAUGGCAGUUACUGCAAAUACUACAGCUGGCACUGGUACAGCAUCCACUGCAACAGCCAUUACAGUUGUAACACCUGCUGCUACAACUGGUUUGACCCACAUUUCCACAACAGCUGGCGCCACAUCUUUGGCAGCUACACCUGUUUCAACUGCAGCUACGGAAGCAGCAAACAUCACAGCAUUCAGUACAACACCAGCCAUAACUGGUGCUACCAACACACCUGUGCCAUCUAUAUCAGCUCUUACAACAAAGCCCGCGCCAUCCACAGCAGCAAUUACAACAAAGCCUGAAAACACAACAGAGUUGGCAACUACAGAGGAAGGGACGACAGCACAGCCAUUUGUAACUGUGGUGAACCCAAGCACCAUUGUGCCAAACCAAGUAACUGUGAUUGUUCUCAGCUUAACAAAUGACUUGCAGCAGAUCAUGAAUGAAAUUGGAAAUAUCAUUCAGGUACUGACAAACCUACUCCAAGAGUGGUACAGGCUUGCCUUAUCCAAACAGGCCAACCAGCCUGGUCAAAGACGCCGUCUACUGCAGUCUCCCAGUAUUGCACCAGGAAGCAACUUUGUUAUACAGGUGACCAAUGUAACAGUUCUGCCAGGCGGUCAGGUACAAGUCCAGUUUGUGGUCGUGGACAGUAACAACAACAACACAGCCGUGCCCCCCAGUGAUGUCACUGCCGCUUUCAACCAGGUUUCACAGCAGGAAGUCAGGGCCCUUUCUUCAUCAGUAGGGUUUCCCUUAGACAUCAAUGAGUACACAGUACAACCUUUGGUGACUGAAGAGGCUCCAGCUUCAAGUCUGCUGUGGAUUUUGUGGGUUGUCCUCGGAUCCCUACUCUUCAUCAUCAUCGUGCUGCUAUUGGUGUACAACUUUGUGACCACCAAGGGUGAUGCUGUGCAGCCGAAAAAGCGGGAAGAUCUUGGAAACAAACUAUCGGAGAGAUAUGUCCAGAAGGGAGGCCUGGGUUCAGUAGGCCUGCUCAUACCUGCACAGCUGCCAGGAGUGCCACAAACAAGUCAGGGGCAGACAAGCUAUCAGCUUAGGGAUGAGACAGAGAAGGACAAGGAGUGGAUCGCAGAAUCUGGGCUGAAGGUGGACAGGUCGAAGGGCUCCAUAACUCUGAUCCCGCCUGCUCGCCCGCCGAACAAGGACGAUGUGCGAGAGUUUGGGACUCACCACAAGCAGCCUGGCAAGGAGGCCUGGUCUGACAAGGACGCUCCACCUGCAGAAAGAACGCUAACAGUUGAAGAGAAACCAAAGCGCUCCAAAAAGGAGAAACGUAAGAAGUGGCGUGGGCCAGCCAAGAAGCAUAGAAAGGAGCACGAGAGACCGCGGAGGACGGAGAUUCCUGUACGGCCACCUGUGCGGCUGGUUGGAUCUUACGAGAGUGUGAAAUCAGCUGCAAGUAUGGAUCAGAUUGAGCAUGAGGCGGCCCUGUUUGAGCAUGUGGCCCUGAUGAACAAACUGGAGGAUGGGGAGAAGAAGAGGGACACGCCUUCAGUCAGGUUCAAGGCAACCGUCCACCCGCUCCAGCCUCUGUCAUCACUCCCUCCUCUCAAGGACACACCGCUCGUCACCAAAUAUACUACUGAGAAUGAGGUUGAUGCUGUAAAGGAAGCAGUGCUAGAGGAAGAGGAUGAGGUCCUGAGAGAGAAAAAGAUGAAAGCAGUGAAGGAGGAAGACUGGGACACACUUGACACCAUCAUCAAGCUCCGUGCCGAAGUGGAACAUCUCCGCAACAAGGAACGACAACGGGAGAAGCAAAAGAGGCAGCAGCAGGCGGCAAAGACCCCUGGGAAGGCAGACGGGCCCCUCACCCCCAUGCCUCCUCCCAAGCCACUGACUCAGCAGGAGAAACAGAGAAUAAAAGUGAAGGAAGUCUGGGAGGAUGCACAAAAACAGCUGGAGGGACUGCUGGAACCCCAGUACUUCACACAAGCUACUAUGACACCUGUAGCCCGGAAGAUGCAGGCUGCCAGGCGAAACAGAUGGAGGACACAACACUCCCGCCUUGGCUCAGGUCAUCCAGCUGAUGUGCUGCCUGGAGAAGUGCAGUUUGACAAGAAAAUGGGUCGGAACAUGCGUGCGGCCCAGCCUAAGGUCGGAGACUACAUGCGGACAGACAGCAACAUAAAACUGGUCAGGGUUGCACCAAUCAGUGAUGAGGCAAACACCGCUGGCCGAGAAAUUCCAAUAACAGCCCAACCACGCUCCAUUGCUGAACAGGCGCGACGAGAGGCCGCCAUCUUAGGGCAAGGGGGAGACCCUUACGUACAGCUUCUAAGGAUGGCAAGCAUCCCGUCUCCUAUGGCACCUCUACCACAAUCACCAUCUCAGUCACCAUCACAACAACUGAGGGAUGAUGAGGAGGUCCAACGUCUCUUGGAAGAAGCCUUUCCAUUGGAGGAGUCCAGAGUGGAAGACUCUGUCACAUCAAGAUCAGUCACAGAAACAGAGCGUGGUACUGUGAAGUCAGGAAAGACUGGAGACAGGAAGAGUGAGGGCACAGCAAAAAGGAAGCUGAGACCAAAAACAGCAGCAGUUGCCCCUGAUGACAGCCUGCAAUCCACAUCAACAGGGCUGUCACCACGUCCGCCGCGCCAAGCCUUUUCAGAACCGCGGGUACCACAGUUGCUCACCCCUCCUACUGGGAUUAGUUUGUCUGGAGACAGGACUCCUUAUCAUGACCCAUAUUACACCCCAGCAAUGGUGGACACUGUGUAUGGUGGGCACCCUUCUGUCAGGACUAGCACCCCCCGUGCACCUCGUUUCUCCACAAUGGCACAGCCCACCCCGGCUGUUGAUCCAUAUGGACACGGAAUGCACCACCCUGCCAUGGGUAGGGCCUACAGGAGAGUCUCCCCGGGAACAGAACUUCCUCAAAUACAACCUGGAAGGGCAUCUUCUCACCUGGUAUGGCAACCUGAGACACCAGCCAUGAUGUCAAGAUAUGGCGACCUUGGACCAGGUGUGAUGAUGCAGAAUCCCAUCUAUGACUACCCAAGACCAUCUGUUGGGGGACUGAAUGGGUCCUUGUAUGAACCUGAAAGAACAAACCUCAGCUUCUUGGACCAGUUGCGCUCCACCCCAGUCAGAGCAUACACACAACCUUCUCCCCAUGGGGGUGUACAGCAGCCAAUGGCACAGCCAUCCCAGCAACCAACCACAGGGCAACAGCCAAGCCAGGAACCAAUCACAGAGCACAGCCUGCCGGGAGUGAUGUCAUCACUAACCAAUGACCAAAGAGAUACCUUGUUGCAGCUAAUUCGCGAGGAAUAUGGAAAAUUAGAAGAAGAGAGAGCAACUAAAAAAUAAUGAUACAUGGUAAUUGGUUUUAAAAUUAUUGUCUGAUAUGUAUCAAUACUACGUAAAAGUAUUCAGAAGUACUACUUACAAAAGACAAAAUGGCGUUGUCUUCCUGAUAUGUCAGCUCGUUUGGACUAGUAGCUA